AUGGCAGGCGUGCCGCAGAAGACAUUAAGCUGGCUCUAUGAUGUCUUGAAGCGAGAAUACCACGACCCUAAUCGGACAUACUCCGACCUUGCCCAUGUCCUCGCCCGCAAUCCUGGGUUUGCACCUCGAACAGAUGUCUACACAUUCGAGAAUGGAAUCUCGGCCCUUCUGGUCCAUUUCAAAGGCACUCUCCCUGUCAAUUUCCGAGGAAUUACAUACCGAUUCCCCAUAGCUUUAUGGAUACCACAUGCUUAUCCUUAUGAGGCGCCAUUAUGUUAUGUCACCCCGACUGAAGAUAUGAUCAUCAGACCGGGCCAGCACGUCGGCGGUGACGGGAAAAUAUAUCAUCCAUAUCUGGCACAUUGGAGGGAUGCCUGGGACAGAUCUAACAUUUUGGAUUUUUUGUCUAUUCUAUCUGACGUCUUUGCAAAAGAACCCCCUGUAAUGUCUAGGAUACAACAGAAUCAACGACCGGUCCAACCCACACCACCUCCCGUGCCACCAUUACCAAGGGAAAUCCAGCCACCAUCACCUUCCACGGCGCCUGUCUCUGGACCCCCCCUUCCACCACCGCCUCCGCCGAAACAAACUGCACAAGAUAUUUCAAUUCCAGAACCGACGAGUUCGAGCUUGUCAUCUCAGAAGCCAAGCCGAUAUGACGGUCUCCCUCCUCUACCGCCUCAGGCACAAAGUCCCAACCGAGCACCUUCGAGACCUCGGCAUCCUUAUGGGAACGGGAAUUUCCAACGACCGCUGAGUGGCUUGAAUUAUAUGCCACAACGAACUAGCAGCUUGAGACAGUCAAUGCCUCCACCUCAGCAACAGCCAGAAUAUGAACCACAACAGUUUCGGCCUCAACCACCAGGACGAGAAUCACUGCAACAUCCUCCUGACCAGCCUCCUCCUCGCAGUUCGGGUCCCAUGAAUCCUACACCACAUCAAACUUAUGAUCAAAUGGGACCUUCGCCGAAUCAUCAUUAUCCUACCGAAUCAGCACAUCAAGGACAGAAUGAGCGACCCCUCUCCCAGCACUUUCCACCAGGUCCGACCCCACAGCAGCAACCACAUCCAUAUCUUCAUCCACAACCGCCUCCAUUCAAACAACCUCCACAAAUUCCGAAACCGAAUCACACUCCUACCCCUAAUCUUCUCGAUUCUCCCUUCGACAUUCCCCUACCGGCACCGACAACGACGCCAGGAUCAAAUCUCGCACCAACAUCCAACAUUCCCGCACCUCCAAUUCCCGUGAAUCCCGAGAAAGAAGCCCUCCUCACUCACCUCUCGCAUCAAAUAACACAAUCCUUGCACUCGCAAAUCGCGCAAUCCACAUCCGCUCUGCCCGCCCUCUCAUCCCAAAACGCCGCCUUGCAAUCUACACUCCAUACGCUCAACAACGAACUCAGCACUCUACAAACCCUCCACUCAACCCUGACCUCGAAUCUAAACCUGCUAUCCACCUCUCUCGCGAAGUCCGACAGCGUCAUCUCCUCGGCCCAAAAACGCGCCGCGCAAAAUGACAUUCCACCCGUUGACGAGAUGCUCGUUCCCCCAACGGUGGUAGCGAGACAGCUUUACGACGCUGCGUGCGAGGAGAGGGGGAUUGAGGCCGCCAUUCUCGCGCUGCAGGAGGGCUUUGUCCGAGGACGUGUUGCGAGCGAUGUGUGGGCAAGGCGGACAAGGGAAUUAGCUCGUGAAGGAUUCAAGAGGCGGUUGAUGGAGAGGAAGGUGGCCAGGGGCAUGAGCUUGGAUUUGAGUGCGUACGGUGCCGGUGGAGUAAGCUAG